AUGGACACAUUAACUAGAAAUCAGUUUCUUAGGGGCUGCAACAAAACGUAUUCAUAUUUGAUGAAUUCGUUAAAAUCAUUUGAUCUAACGAUGCAUUCACAGCUGGGAGAUAACACAUUUCCAAAUUUUCUGCCGUUAUUCGCUGGCGAGACGUACGAUCAGAUCGCAAAAUGGUGGUCAAACAAAUAUCAUUUGGACAAUAUAGACUUGCUCUGGGGGACAUUUGAAAAGGCUGGGUAUCGGACUUUGUACACAGAAGACUGGCCGGGAAUAGGGGCUUUUCACUAUCUAAAGAAAGGUUUCAGAAAUAAGUUUGCCAGAUACAAUACUCGGCCAUUAACUCUUGCAAUGUCACAUGAGAAGAAUUUUUAUAAACGUGACAAUUACUGUGCUGGAAACCAGGUUGAGAUGAACUUUUUGCUUGAUUAUGUCCUUCUCUUUCUUGACACGUUUCAAGGUAAUCCUGUUUUCUCUGUUGCCAUGUUUACUAAACCUACCCACGACAACCCAACAGACGCCAAAAUGUUUGAUGAACAUCUUUUGAAUUUCUACAAGUCGUUGAAUCAAAGCGGCCACCUAAACAAAUCUUUGCUAGUUUCCUUUUCCGAUCACGGUGUCCGAUGGGGACCAUUGAGAGAUUCUAAGAACGGAGUUUUUGAAGGUCGCACUCCAUACACCAUCCUGACAUUCCCAGACUGGUUUCUGGAAAAGUACCCGGAUGUGGCUGCAAACCUGAAAGUCAACACCAGACGUCUGACUUCUCAUUUUGAUACUCACGCAACUCUUCUGGAUCUACUGUACUUUAAAAGUAACACAUCUUUACUAUCCAAAUCCAGACGCAGCAUAAGUCUCUUUCACAAAAUUCCCUGGGACAGGACAUGCGAGGAUGCAUCAAUACCCACAGAGUUCUGCCUGUGUGGGUACCAGAAUCUUGCAGAUGCUGACACGAAAUCGCCGAUUUCAAAAGCCUUGGCAGAACUUGUCAUUGAAGCGCUGAAUUCAAAAACCGACAAAAAUAUUUGCGCUCCUUUCAAAGUUGAUCAAAUAAUCCACGUUCUUAAUAUUUCACUGUACGAUGCCAAUUCCAACGGUGAGACAACUCUGUAUAAAGUUAAACUCCAAGUCACACCAGGGUACGCCAUAUUUGAAGCCAGUGUUUAUGCGACAACAAACUCAGCAGAUUUCAGAGUGGCCAACAGCAUUGAUAGGCUAAACCUGUAUAAAGGACAGGCGGAUUGUAUGCAGAUUGCAAUGUACAAACCUUUCUGCUAUUGCAAAAAUUUGUUACUGAGGGAAGAAAAUACAAAUCAUUCUUCGUUUUAUUAA